CCAAAUGUUAAAACAACAGCCAUCCUUGACGACUUUUUUGUCAUGAAAAAUGCUGAUUACCAUUUACCAAAUUAACCUUAAUAAUCCAACCAAGACAAUAACUAAGCAGACAUGGCCUCAAACCAGUUACCACCAUCCGCGGUUCACGACAGUGGUAACAACAGUAAAGAAGCAGCCUCAACAGUUACGGUUGAUAACGACUCAUCAGUUGAAAGUACUGGUACAGGCUCAUGGAAGCACGCUGCAUUCCAUGUUGCAACCACUAUUGCCACUCCAGCGGCGUAUGCUCCUCUUCCAUUCGCUGUCUCUUCUCUCGGAUGGCCUUUUGGGGUGGUUAGUUUGGUGGGUGCAACAUUAACUACUUGGUACUCGAGUAAUCUGAUCGCGUCUUUAUGGAAAUGGAAUGGGAAGAAGCACACGACUUAUAGACAUCUUGCUGGUAGCAUUUACGGAAGUUGGGGUUACUGGUCUAUUGCAUUUUUCCAGCAGGUGGCUUCUUUGGGUAACAAUAUCGCCGUUCAAAUCGCUGCUGGAAGUAGCCUGAAGGCAGUAUACAAAUACUACCAUAAGGAGGGUAGUUUAACACUUCAACAUUUCAUUAUCUUCUUUGGGAUCUUUGAACUUGUUCUUUCUCAGCUACCACACAUCCAUUCGCUUAGAUGGUUAAAUGCAGUCUGCACAUUUAGUACAAUUGGAUUUGCUGGCACAACCAUAGGUGUAACAAUCUAUAAUGGGAAGAAGAUUGAUAGAGGUACCAUAAGUUAUAGUCUCAAAGGAAGCUCUUCAUCAAAAAUGUUCAAAGCCUUCAAUGGUCUCGGGGUUAUUGCAUUUUCAUUUGGUGAUGCCAUGCUUCCGGAAAUACAAAAUACUAUUCGAGAACCUGCAAAGAAAACUAUGUAUAAAGGGAUAGCAACUGCAUACACCAUUAUCAUACUGAGUUACUGGCAACUGGCAUUCUUUGGCUACUGGGCAUUUGGUACAGGAGUCCAACCCUUUAUUGUUGCUUCCCUUACAACCCCCAAAUGGACGAUUGUUAUGGCAAAUCUUUUUGCAGUGAUCCAAAUAUGUGGUUGUUUCCAGAUAUACUGCAGGCCGACAUAUGCCCUUCUCGAGGAAAUAAAGGUGUCAAGUGAUCAAAUUGGUCGAUCUCUUUUCAGAAUCCAUCUUCAACGUUUACUAUACACCUCACUUUAUAUGGGUUUGAUAACCCUUGUGGCUGCGGCCAUGCCAUUCUUUGGAGAUUUCGUGUCAAUAUGUGGAGCCAUUGGGUUUACCCCACUUGACUUUGUGUUUCCCGUAUUAGCUCAUCUGAAGGCAGGAAAAAUGCCAAAGAACUCGAGCCUGAUAGUGAUCCUGAACAUUGUCAUAGCGACAUGGUUCUCAGCUGUAGCGGUCAUGGGCUGCAUUGGUGCUGUUAAGUUCAUCAUAGAUGACGUCAAGACUUACAAGUUCUUCCAUGACAUGUAACUGUACACAAACAUUUAUAUGAGUAGUAUAUCUGUUUGUUUUUUACAGUUUAUUAGAAUGUAAAUGAAAGAUAGCAUAUGAUAUCCAGAUGAUCAGGGGCGAGAUUUAAUGAAUAUAACUUGGCCUUUUUAGUGUU